GUUAGUUUUGUUGGCUUCAUCACUGUUGGGCAAUUAAAGGCAAUACAUCUGAGGUGUAUAUAUUCACCAGUACGCAUUACUACUGAUUACUUUUUUUCCCUAUCAAAUUAUUACAAAUUGUUUGGGGGAUAAUCACACAGUUAGCUGGGAUGGAUGCAGAGGUUGAAUUGGAAGAGGAGUUUACUGCCACUGCUGCUGGUGGUGGUAUUGGUGGUGGUGUCCCACAAAUCACCUCAAAGGCCAAUUUCAAUUAUGCUUUGAUAGCUCUUCUUGUCUUUGUGAUAUCCUAUUUCCUAUGGAAAUUUUUCCGUUCUCAAAGUACCCAUUCUACGUUACAUCAGUCAUCAGCACAGAAUGAUGCACAUCGUAAAGCUAUGGAAAAGGCAAGAGCUAAACUUCAAGAAGAGCUUAAUGCUCAAAUUGCUCAAUACAAAUCGAACAAACAAGAAGAAGAUGAAAUGAAAGCAAGAGAAAAAGCAGAAAAAUUAGCGAAAUACAUGACGAAUAAUGGAAGUUCACAAAAGUCUAGUGACGAUGAUAAGAAGAAACGAUUACGACCGAAUGAUUAUAAUCCGUUAGCUGGAGAUUCAGGGACAACUUAUCGGCCAACUUCAAGAUUCUGUUCACGUGGAGGAUGACGUUAAACUUUGCGUGUGAACAAUACUAACUCAGAAAGUUCAGACACACCAUCCAUCUACAAAAACAUCCGAAGCAACACAUACACUUUCCAAAACAUAAAUGACGCUGUUUAUUCGAAAUUGGUCCAGUGCUAAGAAUAACAGCUGAUGACAUCGAUUGUGUGUGUGUGCGCGCGCACAUGUGUAUGUUCACUCGGUUUUCUUUAUUAUUUCUUUAUGGGGAAAGUGUUUAACACUGAUCACUUAGGUGUUUGUUAAAUUUUUUUAUCCUUUCUUUGUCAGUGUGUAUAAGAAAAAUGGAAUAGCAUAAAAGUGGAAAUGAAUAAACACGAUUGUCUUUCAUAUCGACUAUUUUCUCUCCUGAUAAUCAUCGUUUCAAAGUUGGAUCAUAAACUAACUGACAUAUAUUAAUAAUAGAGAGAA